AUGUCUGUUAUUCCUCCCGUUGGCACCCCCGUCGGACUUGAGAUCCCCGCCAAAGAUGUGGCUCGCGGAGCUGCAUUCUACAAGGCAGUCUUCAACUGGACCUUUGCUACUUCCACCCUGGGGCUCCCCGCACAUAAGCUCCAAACAUUUGAAGUCCCAGGCGGCGUUCUGCCCAUCGGAGGUGCCAUGCGCCUGGCGGAAGUAAUCCCUACUGGCACGGGUGCCACUAAAUUAUACCUCUAUGUCGAUGAUAUUGUCACUGCCCUUGAGAAGGCGAGCGAGGUUAUCCCCGAAGGCGACAAGGGGCUGUUCCAGUACUUCGAGGAUAGCGAGGGCAACAACUUUGCCAUCUACAGUUACAACAACGACAACGAACCGGAAGAGCGUGCGAAGAGUGCCGGCGACGCAAGCUACGAUGUGAUGCACAGCAACCGCGCAAUGCUCGAAAAUCGUCUACCGACCCAGCAUCACGCUGGGCUUCUGCCUGAGCUCAACCCAUUGUCAGACUCACUUUCCUUGAACGACGACCAUCAUGAUGGCUGGAGCGUCUCCAGCCUGUCAAGCCAUUCCGACUCGAAUCCGCCUCCAUUGAUCAUGGAAAGUACAACGGUCUCCGAGCCAGAUCUAUCCAUAAUGAACUCGAUGUCUGGGGUUGGUCCGGCUCCGUCAGUGGGCAGCUACGGGAAAGAUAUAUGUAGGAUCGAACCGAUAUCAGAUUUCAUGCAGGCAGAAUUAAACCCCAUAAAGAAGACAUCUCGUCAAUGUCUGCAGUACGCGGUAUGGACACUGGCGUCACUCUUGUCCGCGCAAUUCCAACGUCUUCAAGACUCCUUCUACCAGGAAGCAAAACGGGCUUUAGAAAUCUCCUAUCUAUCGGGAGACUCCGAUAAUUCGGUUGACACAGAAGAGAUCCAAGCAUGGAUAUUGAUAGCAACGUAUGAGUCAAUGCGGACUUUCCAUCGCUUUGCGUGGAUGAGCGCCGGACGCGCUUUUCGUCUGGUUCAGUUAAUGCGACUGCAUGAAAUCGACAGUCCCACGAAGCCCCCUGUAGCCCAUGCAGACCUAAUCGAGACAGAGGAAAAGCGUCGGGUGUUUUGGAUGGCCUAUUUCUUGGAUCACUUGUUCAGCAUGCGCAAUAAUUGGCCGAUCACCUUGAACGAGCAUGUGAUCUGCACCCGUCUUCCAGGUCCGGACAUGGAAUUCCAAAAUGGCCAGCCGGUGCUAGGUGCCUUUCUUUCGGAAGCGAUCAUAGACGUUAUGCCGCAAAAAACAUCGCCUUUCAACGAGUGCGUCAUUUUGGCUACCAUAUGCGGGCGCAGCCUGUUUCAGGCUCAGCAAUACAGUGUUCGCGUUGCAUAUGGUGACAUAGCUCCCAAUUGGACUGAUCAGCACCAAUGGCUGGAUAACGUCCUUAACAACCGGCUUCAGAUCCUUUCCCAAUACUAUCCCUCGCCAACCCAAAUUUGCGACCCGAUGCUCUCGUUCGCACACAUCAUGGGACAGGCAAGUGUGAUUCAUCUAUAUAAAGGCAUGGAAUCGAUUGUAUGGGCAGUCGAUGAGGGAGCAUUGGUAUUGGAAUAUCGACGGCGUGCCCUGAGUGCAGCGCAGGAGAUUGUCAAGCAAGCGAAAGGACUGACAAAGUUCUAUAUCUUCAAGUUUGAGCGCCGCGCACAGCGGCGCAACGAAUCAUGCCUUGUGGCUAAGAUGUGGAUGAACCGAUAUAAUUUUUUAUUCCUGGUCCUAGGCUAUACCAUUCAUUAUGGUGUCACGGGUUUGAAUGAUAUGCUUGCUAUAGCCUAUAAUAGUGUUGAAAAUCUCACACAGGCUACAGCACUGCGGUCUGGCUUGCAGCCUGACGCACCAAGUUUAGAUAUUUCCAACAGGUUUGUGGGGCUCACAUUCCUGACAGUUGACCAGUCGGAUAAACUCUCGGCUCGGGAAAACAGUAUCGCGAUUCGCGACUAA